AUGCUGUUGUUGUUGUUGUAUGUAAAUUCCGACUUAUCUUAUAACAGAAAAAUGUCUGGACAGCCCCCAAAUAGGGGCGAAGCCGUGCAAAAACAAAUCCAACAAGACUGGGUAAACCGAGAAUAUAUCGAAAUAAUCACGAUCAGCAUCAAAAAAAUCACCGAUUUCCUAAACUCGUUCGACCUCUCCUGUCGAUCCAAAUUAGCCGGUUUAAACGAGAAAUUGACCAUUUUGGAACGGAAAAUUGACUAUUUAGAGGCCUGCGUUACCAAGGGGGAAACCCUUACAUGAAAAUAACCCGAGAAACCCCAGUACACCUUUACAUUUUAGCAUAAGUCAUGUCUGUAUAUACUAUACUCAAUUUGGCCACUAAACCAUGCAAAAACCACAUCCACAAUGUUUCAAAAAGGUCA